AGAGACGUCGACGUGAGACCAGCCAGCAGCCUUUAAUAUUCACUUGAAUGUUAACACAGCUAGCGUGAUGAUGCUAAGCUAGCUGUCAGCCAAGGCAUCCAACGGGUUUUGCUGCCGAGUUUUAGCUACCGGAUGCUCCCGGUCGUCUCCUCCCGGCCGUCUUGACAUUCCCCCUUCAACAUUCCUGGACGAAUUCGUGUCGACUGACCAGAGUCCGCGAAUUCAGGUCCACUCCUGAUCUAAUCUUUUUCCCCCUUCUUCCAAGCUAGCGUGACUUAGCUCGCCGGCUAACGAGAGUGAACCCCCCCCCCUUUUUUGGAGAGCUCCACUUGAGGACCACACCCAGACAAAGAUGUCCCUUCAUCAGUUUCUGCUGGAGCCCAUCACCUGCCACGCGUGGAACCGCGACAGGACACAAAUUGCCAUCAGUCCUAACAACCAUGAAGUUCAUAUUUACAAGAAGAGUGGCAACCAGUGGGUGAAGACCCAUGAGCUGAAGGAGCACAAUGGACACAUAACAGGUAUUGACUGGGCUCCCAAAAGUGACCGUAUAGUGACAUGUGGAGCAGACCGUAAUGCCUAUGUGUGGUCCCAGAAGGAGGGCGUAUGGAAGCCCACACUGGUCAUCCUCAGGAUCAACCGAGCCGCCACCUUCGUCAAGUGGUCUCCGCUGGAGAACAAGUUUGCAGUCGGCAGCGGAGCUCGACUCAUCUCUGUCUGCUACUUUGAAUCUGAGAAUGACUGGUGGGUGAGCAAGCACAUCAAGAAACCAAUCCGCUCCACCAUCCUCAGCCUGGACUGGCAUCCCAACAACGUCCUGCUGGCUGCUGGAUCCUGCGACUUCAAAUGCAGGGUGUUCUCAGCCUACAUUAAGGAAGUGGAAGAGAAACCAGGCCCCACACCCUGGGGCAGCAAGAUGCCAUUUGGGGCUGUGCUAGCAGAAUUUGGAGGAGCAGGAGGAGGGGGUUGGGUCCACUCAGUCUCUUUCUCUGCCUCUGGUAACCGUCUGGCCUGGGUCAGCCAUGACAGCACUGUUACUGUGGUGGACAGCUCCAAGACUGCCAGUCCUUCGCAGCUGAAGACGGAGUUCCUUCCUCUCAUCAGUGUCAUUUUUGUGUCAGAGAACAGUCUAGUAGCUGCGGGCCACGACUGUUGCCCCAUGCUGUUCCGUUGCGACGACGGUGGGACGCUGACAUUUGUGUCUAAGCUCGACCUCCCCAAGCAGAGUAUCCAGAGGAACAUCUCUGCCAUGGAGCGCUUCAGGAACAUGGACAAGAGAGCCACCACAGAGGACCGCAACACUGCCCUGGACACACUGCACCAGAACAGCAUCACCCAAGUGUCUAUCUAUGAGGGAGACAAAAGGGAUUGUCGCAAGUUCUGCACCACAGGCAUCGAUGGAGCAAUGACUAUUUGGGACUUUAAGAGUCUAGAAGCUUCUAUCCAGGGUCUCCGCAUCAUGUGAAGAAAUCUUGUGAAUGAAUGAAGAGACGCUGCGGCCUCACUUCUGCCCCCUUGCCCACCCCCACCUCAGUCCUCACCCUUCCUCCUCCCCCUCAUCCCCCUCAUC